UGCAGCAGAGCUCACACUCAGACUGAAAAUACAGCAUGGCGCAGGUUGAAGACAUGGAGACCUCCUCCGUCUCCUUCUCCCAGGGAACUCGUAUGCUCUUCUACCUCAUGUCUCCCAAUGAGACGUCGUUUGCGAAAGUAGAGCAGGUUCCACAGUAUGUUCAACAGGCCACCCUAUUCUUUGUUGGAAUGAUCGUGUUGGAGGUAUUGCUGGGUUGGCUAAAGACUGGUGACCUUGUGAUCAAAAUCAAUGAUGGGACCACAUCUUUGUCAGCAGGCAUGAUGUCAAGACUGCCAGACCUCUUCAUGAAAAGUUUGGAGAUUUCUGGUUACAUAUAUAUUUGGAACAACUUCCGCAUAUUGGAGUUACCUUGGGACUCAGCUUGGACUUGGUGGCUGGCGUUCCUAGGUGUGGACUUUGGAUAUUACUGGGUUCACCGAUGCAGCCAUGAGCUCAAUAUCCUGUGGGCUGCUCAUCAAGUUCAUCACAGCUCUGAGUACUACAACCUGACCACAGCUCUCCGGCAGUCUGUAACACAGCAGUUUGCUUCAUGGGUCUUCUACCUCCCCAUGGCAUUAAUAGUUCCGCCGUCGAUCUUUGCUGUCCACAUUCAGUUUAACUUGCUCUACCAGUUUUGGAUCCACACUGAGUUCGUCACGGAUCUCGGUCCUCUGGAGUGGAUCCUGAACACUCCGAGUCAUCACAGAGUUCAUCAUGGGAGAAACCGCUACUGUAUUGAUAAGAAUUAUGGAGGAACUCUUAUUAUUUGGGACCGGAUGCUUGGAACCUUCGCUCCAGAGGCUGAUAAAGUCAUCUAUGGACUCACACACCCCAUUAACACCUUUGACAUUCUGUCUGUUGAGUUUGAAUACUACGUAUACCUGUGGCGACAGUUCCUUAAUGCUGAUGGUUUUACACACAAGCUGUCUGUCAUUUUCAAUGGACCAGGCUGGACACCGGGCAAACCAAGGCUUGGAGAUCCCGAAGAUCUACCCGAGAUCACAGGAGUGGAGGUGCCGCACAAUCCGCAAUGGUCAUUUGCACUUCAAACUUAUGUGCAUGUACAGUUCCUUCUCGUGCUCGUGGUUUACAACGACCUAUUUGCAACAGAACAUAUGCUGUCUCAGACAACUGUCCUCCUUAUGACUGGAUACAUAUUACUCACACUUACCAGCCUUGGGUAUAUAAUAGAGCAAAGUCCCAAUGUUGCUCUAUGGGAGACAUCACGCUGCCUAUUAAUGUUGGCACUGCACAGAUUUGGUUAUAUCAGCUUUAUGGUGCCUCAACUGGAUCUAGCAACAGAGGUUUUGGCUUCUCUUUCUGCAAUCUACUGGGCGCUGCAGUGUUUCAACAAGCUAGCUAAGAAAGAGAAAAGUCACUGAACGUAAGCUAAUUGGAGAAACACAAUAUGUACCUCGUUUCUGCAGCAUCCUGACUUGUCUAAAUUCUUUAAUUAAAAGAUUAACUACCUAACAAAUUACCUAACAAAUCCUACCUAUAGUGGAGUGGUAUUUAUUUGUUUUUGGAGGUUUUGACUGUAUAUUACUCAACGCUUUACAUAUGCAUUAAGGUACAUGAUAUUAUCUACUACUACCACUUUUACUGCUACUACUACAAAUAAUAAAAUAGCAUUUUAAUUUGAAUAAAAUAUUAUCAGUAGAGUUUACAUGUAGAAAAAUAAACAGAAUAUACUGUAGAGCCAAAAGUAUGUGGACGCCUGACCAUAGCACCCAUAUGUAAGCCUUCCUAUUGCCAAACUAUUAUAUAGAAUGCUUUUGCAUGCUGUAGUGAUGUCCCUUCAAUGUAACAAAGUUGUUCAAACCUGUUUCAGCAUAACACUACCCCUGCGCAGAGGUGCAAAAAUGAGGAAUGCAAUAUAUGCGUGCUUGUGAUGCACAGUGAUGUGCCAAAUCAUUUAUGGGAAAAAAAAUAUAUAUGACCCUGUGAUCAACCUGUUACGGCACAGUUGAAAUAGAGAAAGCUCUGAAAAAAACAUUACAGUAUAGUAAAAGAAAGAUAAAAUAAGAAAGAUGUGAGCUUGCAUGUCAAAGUCAUAGUUCCCUUUCAUUUCUUUUUUUCCCCAUGAUUAAUUUAUUAACCUCUGUGCACAGUUUAGUGACACCUUUCGGCUUUAGUUAAAAUUAAACUAAAGGUACAGGUAAAACUCAGGAUGCACCUCUUUUCCUAAAAAUGUGGAGCAUGUGUCAGGUUAUACCAUGUCUCAGUGUAAAUUCACUUACUUUUCACCCCUUUUACCUCUGAUGUCCCCUGAUAUGUGCAUGUUGUUUAACACAUUUGUAUAUUACUGUAUGUACUUGUUAUGUUAGGGUAUCUAUAUAUCUUAAGGUUUAUCAAACCAUGACGCCAUGCUGAAAUAACAUUAUUAGGAAAAAAAGUUACAUAUUUCAUAAAUAGUCUAUAAAUCUCAAUUUGCAACUUAAA